AUGGCGACCAGCCAUAUGCAUAAUUUAACCACCCUUAUUAAGCGGCUGGAAGCCGCAACCUCCCGCCUGGAGGACAUGGCUAUGGGACUGGAUGAUCCCAGUUCACCGAAGACAUUGAAUGCUGCCGCUGCUCCUGAGACCGCUGCUCCUGAGCCACCCAAGCCAGCUUUCCCCGCAGCCCCUGCAGCCCCUGCCGUCCCACCUCAAAUCGAAGACUUCGACACAUUAAUCAAUAAGGAUGUGCGGAACUUCGUAGAUCUCGGAAAUAGAAUUGGAGAUCUUGUUGCUGAGCAGUCAAAAGCUGUGUUGCAAGCUUUCGAAGCUGAGCGCACCUACCUCUAUGUGUCAACGAAGGCGAAGAAACCCGAGCCCCAACCCCCAGAGCUCAUGACGGAGCUUCACACUGCCUCUGAUAGUAUUAAUAUGAUCCGCGAGUCCAAUCGCGCAUCACCUCUUUUCAAUCACCUCAGCGCGGUCGCCGAAGGUAUCGUGGCUCUGGGAUGGUUCUUUGAGCCCAAGCCAGGCGAUUUCGUCAGUGAGAUCGUCGGUGGUAUUGAAUAUUAUGGCAACAAGGUCCUGAAGGAGUACAAAGAGAAAGAUAAAACCCACGUCCAGUACAUUCAAUCGUACUAUCAGGUCUUCAAGUCACUUGCCGCCUAUCUUAAGAAGCACUACCCGAAGGGCCUGACAUGGAAUGAGCAGAGCGGCAUUGACGCGCUGGAAGCUCUCAGACAGGUCAAAGGCGGCUCCAGUGCUGGGGCCAGCGGUUCUGCUCCUCCCCCUCCCCCGCCACCCCCUGUGCCGACGCUGAACGUGCCCAGCGGAGUUCCUCCACCCCCGCCACCACCACCUGGUGUUCCUCCUCCACCAAGCGCGGCCCCGGCAGGAGAUAUGUCGGCCGUGUUUGCUCAGUUGAACCAGGGUGAGGCCAUCACUUCCGGUCUCCGUAAGGUUGACAAGUCCGAGAUGACACACAAGAACCCGAGCCUUCGUGGGGGCUCGACUGUCCCAGAAACCCCUGAUUCACCGGGCAGCAUUUCUCGCUCCAAGUCGCCAGCCCCGAGCAAGAAGCCUAAGCCGGAAAGCAUGCGCGUCCGUAAACCUCCCCGCAAGGACCUCGAAAGCAACAAGUGGUACAUCGAGAACUUCGAAGGCCCAGGCGAGGUAGUUGAGAUUUCUGCGCAGCAGAACCAUUCCAUCCUUAUCUCCCGUUGCAAUAAUACCAUCGUGAAGGUGACCAACAAGGCAAAUGCCAUCGCGAUCGAUAACUGCAAGGGACUUUCGGUUAUCAUUGACUCCCUGGUGAGCAGCCUUGACGUCAUCAAAUGCACCAAAUUCGCUCUCCAGAUCGAUGGUGUGGCCCCCACGCUCUUGCUUGACCAAGUGGAUGGCGCCGUAAUCUACCUAGGAUCGCAGAGCUUGAGCACCGAGGUGUUCUCCAGUAAAUGCACAGCGCUCAACGUCAUGCUUCCCCCGAAGGAGGGAACAGACGAGGAUACCAAGGAGUGCCCCGUCCCCGAGCAGAUCAAGUCCUAUGUCAAGGACGGCGUCCUGGUGAACGAGAUCGUCGAGCACGCGGGUUAA